CAAAAUGAAUGAACAUCCUAAAAAGAGGAAAAGGAAGACUCUACAUCCUUCCCGAUACUCAGAUUCUUCGGGUGCAACCAGAUACAUAGACAACAGUGGAAUUUUUUCUGACCACUGCUAUAGUGUCUGUUCUAUGAAACAGCCAGAUGCAAACAGAGGUAGAUUCCACAGUCCUGUGCAGAGCCUGGACACAGAUGAUGAUGGAAGUCCAGUCCAUGCUGGGAGUUCUCACUGGAGUGGGACACAUUCAAACAUGGGGAUGCACUAUACAGACCCUAAAAAGAAGGACAAAGAUAAAGGUACUAACAAUGGAGUGUGCAGAGAUUUAUGUGACUCGCCUAUAUUCAGUGACAGCCCUACAGAAGAAGAGAAACCUCUAGAUAUCCAGACUGUCGAGAUCUCCACAACAGAAGUGAAUGCUGUAGAAGUUCAUGAUAUAGAAACACAAACUGUGUCCCCUGAGAAGCUGGAGGCUGAGGACCUGGAGGAAAUCCCUCUGGAGACCUGUAAGAUCUUUGAGAAAAACCAGGCUCUGAAUAUCACAGCUCAACAGAAAUGGCCCUUGCUGAGAGCUAACAGCAGUGGCUUGUACAAGUGUGAGCUCUGUGAGUUCAAUAGCAAGUACUUUUCUGAUUUAAAGCAGCACAUGAUCCUGAAGCAUAAGACAUGCACAGACACUCAUGUCUGUAAAGUUUGUAAAGAAAGCUUCUCCAGCAAAAUGCAGCUCAUUGAGCACGUAAAGCUGCACGAGGAGGAUCCAUACAUCUGUAAAUACUGCGACUACAAAACGGUGAUAUUCGAGAACCUGAGUCAGCACAUAGCAGACACUCACUUCAGCGACCACCUGUACUGGUGUGAGCAGUGUGAUAUGCAGUUCUCCUCCAGCAGUGAGCUGUACCUGCACUUCCAGGAACACAGCUGUGACGAGCAGUACCUGUGCCAGUUCUGUGAGCACGAAACAAACGACCCAGAGGACCUGCACAGCCACGUGGUGAACGAACACGCGUGUCGGCUGAUCGAGCUGAGCGACAGCUACCACAGCAAGGAGCGUGGGCAGUACAGCCUCAUAAACAAAAUCAGUUUUGACAAGUGCAAAAACUUCUUUGUGUGCCAGGUGUGUGGCUUUAGGAGCAGGCUGCAUACCAAUGUCAACAGGCAUGUAGCUAUCGAACACACCAAAAUAUUCCCCCAUGUUUGUGAUGACUGUGGGAAGGGAUUUUCAGGUAUGUUGGAAUAUUGCAAGCACUUAAGCUCUCAUUUAUCUGAAGGGAUUUAUUUGUGUCAGUACUGUGAAUAUUCAACAGGACAGAUCGAAGACCUUAAAACUCAUUUGGAUUUCAGGCAUUCAGCUGAUUUGCCUCAUAAAUGUACUGAUUGUUUAAUGAGGUUUGGGAACGAAAAAGAUCUUCUAAGUCAUCUUCAGAUACAUGAGACAGUGUGAUUGCUUUCUUUCCCUGUCAUCAAUUCGUUAGAAUUGGAAUCAAUUUCCAGUCACUGAAAUGUGAUAUUAAAUACAAUUUUAACAGCAA